UAGACAAAAUAAAAUUAAUAAUCACAUCUACUCAAAAACAAAAAAAAUCAUUUAAUUAUUAUAGUUAUAAAAAAGAAAAAAAUGUUUAAUUACUAUGGUAGGAAUCGUUGGACCUCCUCCUCCUCCUCCUCCUCUCCUAGUAGCAUCACCUUCAACUCCUCCAACUCCAAGUACUACGUCCAAUUCGGAGGUAGGAGGAUCGAGACCAUGGUGACCGACAGAGCCGCCGUGGCCAACGAGUGGGUGGCCCACGUCCGCUUGAAGCACGCCGGCCACGGCGAGCCGACGGUCGUGGUGGGUCUGGACAACGAGUGGCGGCCCCACCCGGUCCGGUACAUGAGCAACAAAUCCGCCACCCUGCAGCUAUGCAUAGACGAGGACUGCCUCAUCCUCCAGCUCUUCCACAUGGACAGGGUCCCAGAAGAGCUGAAGGAGUUCCUCGCGGACCCCACGUUCGUGUUCGUUGGGGUUGAGGUGGCGGACGAUGUUCGCAAGCUGAGGGAGGAGUACGGGCUGGUGUGCGCGAGGAGCGAGGACAUCCGGGAGCUGGCGAAGCGGAAAUGGCCGGGCCGGUUCAGCCGGCCGGGCCUGAAGGAUCUGGCGAGCGAGGUGUGUGGGCUCCACAUGCCGAAACCGAAACACGUGUGCAUGAGUAACUGGGAAGUGAGGGAGUUGAGCUCAGCUCAGGUUGAGUAUGGAUGCAUCGAUGCCUAUGCUUCUUAUAAGAUUGGACACCUUCUAAUCUUGGAAAAUAAUUAAGUAUCACUAGUAUUGUUUUUAAUUUAUUUCCUGAUCAAAGAAUAAAAAAUACUCCCUCCCCCACACACUUUUUACCCGGUCAAACUUUAAUCACUUUCUUUACCUAUUUUCAUUAGGUAUUUGAUAAAAUAAUAUAGUCUUGUCACCACU